GGUAGCUUUACUUUGGUUCUUAAGACUGGCUAUGGUUGAAUGCUUACACCAUGGAAAGUGGCAAACGGCACGAAUUAGUGGUUCUAAGAAAAACAAGAGAAAGCCACCACGAGAGUCACACUUUGAACCCCGGAGAGAACACCACAGUGAGCCUACUGCAGAAGUAGACAAAGCACGCACUCCCGCUGAAGGGAAACACUCAGUGGGACCCGACAAUCCUGCAGUUCGGGAGCCAAGCUGGAAUUCCUUCCGUCUGUAUCCAGACAUUUAAGAAUUUGGCUGGACUCCACAGGAAGGCUUUACAGAGUACUUAAUCAAGUGCUCCAGAGGUUAAAUUUCAGGAAAGCCCUCUUGGAUCCGAGAUAAAGGCGGGGUGUAAAAAGGGAAAACAAGAGUCCUGUGAGUCAGAGGUCCUUCGCUCUCCUCCUCACUCAAGACUGCAGACUCCCAGCUCAAACAGCUCGGUGCCAUGGCUCUAGAGCAGAGCCAGCCAACAGAAUACUAUUACGAGGGAAACGAAAUGAAUGACACCUACGACUACAGCCAGUAUGAAACCAUCUGCAUAAAAGAAGAGGUCAGGCAGUUUGCAAAAGUCUUCCUCCCUGCCUUCUUUGCGAUAGCCUUUGUCAUCGGACUGGCAGGGAAUUCUACAGUUGUGGCAAUUUACGCCUAUUACAAGAAACAGAGGACCAAGACAGAUGUGUACAUCCUGAAUCUGGCUGUGGCAGACUUGUUGCUUCUGGUGACACUGCCCUUCUGGGCAGUUAACGCAGUCCACGGGUGGAUUCUAGGGAAAAUGAUGUGCAAAGUAACUUCGGCCCUGUACACGGUAAACUUCGUCUCUGGGAUGCAGUUCCUGGCUUGUAUCAGCAUUGACAGAUACUGGGCAAUCACUAAGGCCCCCAGCCAAUCAGGAGCAGGGAGACCCUGCUGGAUCAUAUGUGGCUGUGUGUGGGUGGCUGCUACCUUGCUGAGUAUACCCCAGCUGGUUUUUUAUACCGUGAAUCACAAUGCCAGGUGCACUCCCAUCUUCCCCCACCAUCUGGGAACAUCUCUGAAGGCAUCCAUUCAGAUGCUGGAAAUCUGCAUCGGCUUUGUGGUUCCCUUUCUUAUCAUGGGGGUGUGCUACGCCAUCACUGCAAGGACGCUCGUCAAGAUGCCGAAUAUUAAAAAGUCUCGCCCCCUCAAGGUUCUGCUCACGGUGGUUGUAGUUUUCAUUGUCACCCAGCUGCCUUACAACAUUGUCAAGUUCUGCCAAGCCAUAGAUGCCAUCUACUUGCUGAUCACCAACUGUGACAUGAGCAAGCGCAUGGAUGUCGCCAUCCAAGUCACAGAGAGCAUCGCGCUCUUCCACAGCUGCCUCAACCCUGUCCUGUAUGUCUUCAUGGGGGCCUCCUUCAAAAACUAUAUCAUGAAAGUGGCCAAGAAAUAUGGAUCCUGGAGAAGACAAAGACAGAACGCAGAGGAAAUUCCUUUUGAUUCCGAGGCUCCUACAGAUCCAACCAGUUCUUUUAGCAUUUAAAUAUAAAAUUCUCUCUGCUUUUUGCUUGGACACACAUACACACACACACACACACACGUACGUGAGGUUUCUUACUCAAAUAAAAUAUUUGUGUUACACUGAGACUCAAAUGUCCAAAACUAGACUGUUGUUGCAAUGUAUAACAAAGAAGGAGCAAAGGGUGGGGGUGUGGCAAAGACAGACACCAGAAAGUAAACAACAAACGGGCAGAACCUGGAAAUUAAAGUUACUGCAGGAAAACAGCAUGGUGGGGAGGAGAAAAACGCCCUACUCUAAAGACGAAGCCUAUGGCGGUGGGGUGUUUGCAUCUUGACUACAGUGGUGGCUGCUCAAAUCCAGAUGUGCCACAUAGGAAUUUCAACGGCCUACUUUUGAUAGCAACUGUAAUUAUGAAAUAUAAAACAUUGGCUAAAUGAGCAUCCAAGACCAUCUCAUGUGGUAAGUCACUGUGUAAGGGUUAUCCGGGACCAUCCUGUGUGAUAAGUCAUGAGUAAGGGUUAUCUGGGACCAUCCUGUGUGAUAAAUCACGGGUAACGGUUAUCUGGGACCAUCCUGUAUGAUAAGUCACUGUGUAAGGGUUAUCCGGACCAUCCCGUGUGAUAAAUCAUGGGAAACGGUUAUCUGGGACCAUCCUGUGUGAUAAAUCAUGGGUAACGGUUAUCUGGGACCAUCCUGUAUGAUAAGUCACUGUGUAAGGGUUAUCCGGACCAUCCCGUGUGAUAAGGCACUAGGUAAAGAGCCCCCAAGACCAUCUUGUACUAUUUUGUAACUUCCUUUGAGUAGACAGCAACUUUAAAAUAAAAAGUUAAAAAAUCCCA